AUGAAUAAGAAGAUUUUAUCAAUCGUAGUUGGCGUUGUGUUCUUCUUGGCUCUUUCACAUUCGAAUGCAAACGUGUGCACGAUUUCGGAAAAUAACUUAAAUGUUUAUCGAAAAACAUCAAAUAAGGAAUUGGUGACGAUUUCAAACGAGACCGAUCAAUGCAGAUAUAAUCCUAUAGACAACUAUUACAUUAGAGACACGUACAGGACUAGAAAUUUGAACAUAAGAUCCGAGAGACGUACAAUUCGUGUGGAUGGGAAAGAGCAAGAACGCAGAGUUUGGGUUAGAAUUGACGAUAUCAGAAAGGGCAGGUUGACAAGAUCGGAAUCAUUGCCAAACAUCCGUCGAGAACAAGUUCGGAAUGUAAGAGAGAGAGAGAUUGACUUAAGAGGUACUCACCAAAGAGCUUUAGAACGGAACAGCAAAAAUGUUUUAGAAAAUCGUUCGGAUGAAAGAAUUUUUAGACGUAAAGUAAGGGAUAGGCAAUACGAUAUGCAAACAAACAGAGAUAAUGGUAUAGACAGAAGAAGCCGGACACGGAACACCAGACAGAAUGAUAUUGUUGCUAUUAAAGACAAAGAUGAAGCGUCUUCAUGGCCAUUCUCAAACUUUGUUCAGUCAGCAAUUGGUGUUCUUGGACUUUACUAUUUUGGGAUGCAUAAUAAAAACGUUAAGUAA